ACCCCGGGAUGGGGCGGCAGGGCGGGAGCCGUGGUGCUGUGGUGUUCUCUCUACCCGUAGGCUGAAACGGAGGAAACCCUAAAAAGGAUUCAAGCCCACAAAGGGGUCGUGGCGACUAUGGUUGUCAAUGCAGAAGGAAUUCCAAUAAGAACAACACUUGAUAACUCGACAACAGUGCACUAUGCAGGUCUCCUUCAUCAGCUCACCAUGAAAGCGAGGAGCACAGUGAGAGAUAUUGAUCCUCAGAAUGAUCUAACCUUCCUCAGGAUCAGAUCAAAGAAACAUGAAAUCAUGGUAGCUCCAGAUAAGGAGUAUCUGCUGAUUGUUAUCCAGAACCCAUCUGAAUAGACCCAGCAGGAUGUUAUUUUCAGACAGUGACGCAGCUCUUCUUGUUAAACUAACCUUCCUUACUGAUACUUAGCAUCAAACACAGCACUAACAAGUUUUACACAAUUGUUCAGUUGUGACUGAAAGUGCUGCCAGUUUAAAAUUCUGUUGUAGCUGUAUCAAUUUGUGUUUGAGCAACUCAGAGUGCAAAUAUUAAAAUACUGUUUGACUUAAUACUCUGAUGAACAAUAAUAAAGCAAAAUGCUUAAACUUUGAUUUAA